AUGUACAACCGUGACUGGAUAUACAACCCUUCUAAAGUGGAGAAAGAGAACUCUGGUGACGGACAGCGUGUAUCGGGAAAGCUAGAGCAAAUGUUUGACCGUUUGUUUGCGGACUCACAGGGUCGAGCCCAUAUGCUAGAGUGGUUUCAUCCUCACACGGUCGCUUACAUAUCCCUCACUGUCAGCAAUGAGAUGGACGCAGUAAAGGAGGCUCUCUGUGGGACACUCAAUUCUGUGAUGCUGCAGUUCCUCUCAACGUGGGACCUCAGCACUACUAUACAAGACAAGGUUGCACUGAAAGCACUGAUCUUACAGCAUAUCCUCCGCUGUGCUGCUCAGAUGGAAUGCGCUAUCGAAAGAACAGGAUCAAGGACAGCAGUACUGUAUGAUACACUACAUCCUUUGUAUUAUUCCAUCUUUUGA